AUGACGCACCCUACAUUCGACAACGCAACUUUCGAGCUGCUCAGUGCUGACGGCAAGCUGCGCCUGCGCCCCGUGCGCAUCUCGGACGCGCCCAACCUGCGCGACCGAUGCGCAGACCCGCUAAACGUCAAGUACCUCCCGCACCUCCAAGGCAAAGAGAAUCAGACCGUUGAGGACGUCGAGAAAUGGAUUCAAAGCGUCCAGGCGGGCUUCAACAAGGACUCGUUGUUCCUCGUCGUCGAGGACACCGAAACCAACAAGGUGAUCGGCGAAGGCCCGCUCGGAUACAUCGACUGGAACACAAAGACCGCCGAGUCCGGCAUCAUGCUCGACCAUCAGGUCACCGGCAAGGGCGUCGCAACCAACGCGCUCAAAACAUCCACCGACUUUGCCUUCAAAGAGCUCGGCCUCAACGCAGUCAGGUUCGGCACCAUGAAAUCCAACAAAGCCAUGGUCAAGGUCAUCCAGGAAAAGCUCCCCGUCAACCCCGAACCCCAGCACAAUACCCGCAAGGACGGCCUGGAGGAAGUCAACUUCACCUUCACCCGGGAUGAAUGGCUCGCUGCCACUUCCUAA